AUGCCUCCCUCCAGCGAUCCCGACGAGAUCAAGUCCAUAGAUGACCUCGAAACGGUACUGUCGAACAUCAUGGACCUCGAGAGCGAUAUCGAAGGCGAUAUUGUCGAGGACGAGAUUCUACCGGCGUGGAAGUUUCGGAAGUUCAACGAGUGCAUGGACUGGAUCGUGGAUACCUGGAAGAAACUCAACGAAGCCGAGGACCUGGAUGUCUUCAGAGGGGGGUACGAGCAGGCACGAAUCUCUGCCGCGCUGAAGACCCUCAAGUCGAUCGAAUCCAAGAUCCAAACCGCCUUCGACGAGAGCACCGAGCAGGAGGAGCUCCAGGACUCCGACUAA